CCAACCCUGGGGGGCUGUACCCCAUUAGAGGCAGCUCUUGGCUCCUUCUUGAAUCUCUGUCUGCUCGGCCUAUUCACUCCCACUUCAGCCUCCACCAUGUCCCACAGGGUGAUCAAGAAGACCUACGCGGUGUCCACCACUGGCGCCCCAGCCAUUGGCUCCUCCCGGGGCUUCAGCAGCCACAGCAGCUACAGCAGCCACAGCAGCCGCGGCUUCGCCAACGGGCCUCUCAUCAGCCCCAUUUUAGGUCGGGGGAACAUGCUGGGCGCCAACAUGGGUCUGGUCGGCUACGGUGGUGUUGUAGGGGACAUCACCUCUGUCAAGGUGAACCAGAACCUGCUGACCCCCGCUCCGCACGGGCUGGACCCCGAGAUCCAGGCCGUUCGCAUCCAGGAGAAGGAGCAGAUCAAGACCCUCAACAACAAGUUUGCGUCCUUCAUCAACAAGGUGCAGACCCUGGAGCAGCAGAACAAGGUGCUGGAGACCAAAUGGAAUCUCCUGAAGCAGAAGAAGACAUCCCGGAGCAACAUGGACCAGAUGUUUGAGAGCUACAUCAACAACCUUCGGCGGCAGCUGGCCACACUGGACCAGGAGAAGGUCAAGCUGGAGGCGGAGUAUGGCAACAUGCAGGUGCUGGUGGAGGACUUCAAGGCUAAGUAUGAGGAGGAGAUCAACAAGCGCACAGAGAUGGAGAAUUCUUUUGUCCUCCUCAAGAAGGAUGUGGAUGAAGCUUACAUGAACAAGAUUGAGCUGGAGUCCCGCCUGGAAGGGCUGACCGAUGAGAUCAACUUCUACAGGCAGCUGUAUGAAGAAGAGAUCCGUGAGAUGCAAUCCCAGAUCUCGGACACGUCCGUGGUGCUGUCCAUGGACAACAACCGCUCCCUGAACCUGGAUGGCAUCAUCGCCGAUGUCCAGGCCCAGUAUGAGGCCAUCGCCCAGAGGAGCAAGGCCGAGGCCGAGGCUACGUACGAGAGAAAGUACCAGGAGCUGCAGAUUCUGGCCGGGAAGCACGGGGAUGACCUCCGUGUCACGAAGACAGAGAUAACUGAAAUGAACCGGAGCAUCAGCAGAAUCCAGAAUGAGAUUGAGGCCUACAAAGCCCAGAGAGCUUCUCUGGAGACCGCCAUCACUGACGCCGAGCAACGCGGGGAGAUGGCCAUCAAGGACGCCAAUAUCAAGCUGGCGCAGCUGGAGGAGGCCCUGCAGAAGGCCAAGCAGGACAUGGCGCAGCAGCUGCGCGAGUACCAGGAGCUCAUGAGCGUGAAGCUGGCCCUGGACAUAGAGAUCGCCACCUACCGCAAGCUGCUGGAGGGCGAGGAGAACCGGCUGGAGUCUUCGAUGCAGAACCUGAGUAUCCAUACCAAGACCAGCGGCUACUCAGGUGGGAUGAACGUGGCCUAUGGGGGCCUCGUGAGCCCUGGCUUCGGCUAUAACGCCAUCCAGCACGGCUUUGGCUCUGGGGGGGCCGUCACAAUCGGCUCCUCCAAGGCUGUGGUUGUGAAGACGACCGAGACCCGAGAUGGAAGGCUGGUGUCCGAGUCAUCUGAUAUUCUGUCCAAGUGAACAGCCACUGCCAGCCCGCCCAGCCUCACCCCAGUGCCGUCUAAGAUGUGUGAAGGGAGCAUUGGGAACAGGAGAUGUGUUGGCUCACCCUUGGGAAGUCUGGGGUACCCCCCUCAUGCCCAUGCUCCCCACUAAAAAUUGUUGGCCAAGUUUUUUUGCCAAAAUAAAAUUUCAGCUCGCUCUGUCU